AUGUCGAAUAAACAUGCCGUUGGCAAAAGAUCUAAUCCAUACGCCUCAGUGCUGAUGCUCAUACUACUCUUCGUGAUAAUGUACUAUUGCGGUUAUCGCCUACACUCAUCCUUCAAGACCAAUAUGGAGGAUUAUAGUGAUGGGCAUUUAAUAACGCCACUAAAUAAAAAAAUUGAUUCUCGAGAUCCGCUUAAGUUUUUGGUGCGAGAUAGUGUUUGUGAAAUACCGCGCAUUCGUCCUUUCUCACCUGAGUUAGAGGAAGUCAGUAUUCCAACAAUCAUNAUAAAUGAGAAAUGGAAGCAACUGUACUUGGCGCAACGUGCAGAGAUUACAUGCUGUUUUAGGGAGAUUCAUAGGGAACAUAAUAAUGAAAAAAUGGAGAUCGAAAUUAAACGAAAUCAAACUAAGAGCCAUGAAAAUAAGAACAAAAUAGGUGUCCUGCUUUUGGGUAUGGAUAGUUUGUCGCAGAUUAAUUUGCGGCGUAGAAUGCGGCAGACCUAUGAAUACUUAAGAAAAAAUAAGAAGCAGUGGUAUGAAAUGUCUGGGUUUAAUAAGCUCGGCUAUGAUGCAUUCCCCAACUUGAUGGCGCUUCUAACUGGAUACAAUCUCGCAAAGAAUCACUCACUUUGCGAUCGCCAGAGCGAAGGUGUUCUCCACAACUGCCCCUUCCUGUGGCAGCAAGUCCAUGCCAUGGGCAUGCCUACCGCCUUUGCUGAAGAUCGCACAGAUCUGCUAACACUCACAACUGAGCGACAGCCACCCACAGAUUACUAUCUACGACCAUUUAUGUUGGCCAUCGAGCGUCAACUUAGAAUCAAUGCUUCCUUUCUUAUGCCAAAGUAUUGCUUGGGCCCACGCUUUUCUGCAAAUUAUGUGCUCGAUUAUGCGCUAGAAUUUGCAGAACGUUUUUCGGGACACGGUGGUCUAGGCUUAUUUUGGGUGAAAAGCUUUCGCGAUCACUUCAUGGAACCAACAAUUUUUGACCAAGAAUUCUCCAAUUACUUGGAGCUGCUGCAAAACACUCAGAUACUGGAAAAUUAUGUUGUAAUUAUUCUAAGCGGCAAUGGCAUGCUGCGUGGACGUCUCAACAAACUAAAGAGCGGCUUCUAUGAGGAGCGUUUACCGUUGCUCUACAUUUCACUACCAACCGCAUGGAAAGAAGAACAACAUCCGGACUUAGUGCAAACUUUGCAAACAAAUCGCAAUCGCUUGAUCAGCCCCUUGGACCUCCAUCAAACCGUAAAGCACGUGCUAGCGCUCGGCGCCGGCGUACCGCCACGAUACGCGCACGCAGCCGAUUGCCCCAGCUGUCAGUCGAUACUCAAACCAAUUGCGGCGAAUCGUAGCUGCAGCGACGCUGGUAUUGAUUGGUUGUGGUGCAGUUGUGAACCCUUCAUUGCCAAGUGGUGCAAUUCUUAUGAGACUAGUUUGAUAAUGAACUCACUGCUAUCGCAUAUGAAUCGUCUGCUGUGGAAUGCUGGUUUACUCAACGGCACUUGUCACUUUUUGAGUGUGCACACCCUGUAUGGCAUCUACAAUAGUCAGCGGCACAGAAAUUAUUACUACGUGAAAUUUAGUACUUCGGCAGUAAAAGCAGAAUUUGAAGUUGCACUUUGGUAUAACAGUGAUACGCUAACGGUGUCUUUGGAUAAGCACAAAUUGAAUCGUUUGGAUCAAGCGGCAGUUGGUUGCGUGCGGUCGAAGGACGAGUUGCUACGCAAGCUGUGUGUAUGUGUACGAAAGGCGAAAGGGGGUUUCGGGUCCAAAGUAGAGACGGCACUAGGAAAUUCAGAGGGUAAUGAAAAGCAGUUAGAAGAUGUGAAUAUUCACAGCACAAUGUUGAAUUAA